AUGUUGUGGACCAGGAUGGAAAAUGGGCAGUCCAUUGUGACUGAAGUGCCUGGCCCCAUAAUUUGCACUCUUUUCUACCAUUCGCCCACUGGUUCUGUUAGCGAGCCCGAACUCAAUUUCACAGACACCAUCAGGAUGAGUUUACUGCACAGGGGAGAUGCAAGCGUUCGCUGCACUUCUCCCAACGGUACUUUCUCACAAACCAUCAAUAGAACCCUGCUGGACAACACUGAUGUCGUGUUGAAGUGCACGGACAUACGUCUUGUCUACCUAGAUCCCAACCAGGAUGGCUUCUUUGAGGUUUGUAAGCACCAGGCAAUUGUCGAUGGUCAGAUGUUGAGACUGGAGAACACGUCACUGGCCGACUGCCAAGAUACAAAGGGUGAACUGAAAUUCAUCGGUGGGAAGAUCGUCUUGAAUCGGUCUACCUCCGUCGGAUACUUUGAUAUUCAAUGUGAUGAUGGCUCGUUCAAAGCUACCUUUUUGAUAUAUGAUGACACACUUACCUUGCGACCUUUUAACAAUAAAAGAGUGUGGUUCCUCAAGGUUGACAAAAAAGUGCCAUUCGAAUUCGUUUUCGCUCGAAAGAAUAUCUCAGUGCUGUUGCUCCCAUCGCAUAUCGAAGCGGAAUGCUCGAUAGAAAAUGAACUGCUUGGCACAUUCAAUGGCCUUGACCUAAUUCUGAACCCCGAUGCAGUGCCAGUGUUUGCGCGUCAACGGGUAGAGUGCGGCAUACACGAGCGAGUGAUCGUGCGCACUACAUGGACAAAUGAAUUGUACAUAUCCAUCGACCUAUCGCAAAUGGACCGAACUGAAGCACACUAUUUGUUUCGUAUGAUCGUGGACUUUGACAGCAUACAACAACACUUGACACAUACGAUUCCGGCGCAGCGUCGAAAGCGUGGUAGGCGCCUCGGAAUGGUGCUCAAAGAUCCAUCCACUGAGUUACAAUCUGUCCGUCCUUUCAGGACCAGCGGUUCGAUCAAGGAGGAUGUCAAUUUGCGCAUUUGA